AUGGAGACUGUCUCACUUUUCUCUUAUCACGCGAAAACAGUGUCCACAGACGCUGACCUACCCACUCUUCUCGGAGCUGUAUGGCGUAUUAAAUUCCACAUGACUGCUCUGCAGGAGACCAAGAGCAAGAGGAGCGACGUACAACAUGGUGACGAAACACUCGUCGUUCGUGGAGAGAGCGUUCCGUCGCGAAAAUGUAGGUGGUGUUGGUUUGUUGCGCACCCAUCUGACGUCUAUCUUGCCGAUUCUCGCGAGCUCCUGCCACGUGGUUUGGCCAUUCUUUGUCUACAACCUCUGCGGCAAAACCCAUCAUCAUCAGCUGCUACUAACCAUCAUCAGCAGCUGAUGAAGUCGAAUUGGACAUGUAGUGUGAGAAUCUGGAGGAAGUGA